CAUCAGCAUCCAAGGCGCUCACUUGCAUGCAUGUGCAGCUGCGAGUUGGGUGCAAUUCAUCCCUCUUGGGUUGUUCAGCACAUAACGUCUCUCGAUGUCUAACACGCAUGCUCUGCCCCACCGAUUUGCAGACACACGUAGACACGCAGGCACACUUUCAAGAGUCUAACACUCCAUCACAACAGACGCACACUCUUUCAUCACAUGCAUCGUCAGUCACUGAGGCUGCGUCAUAGACAUCGUCUUUUUGUAUGUCAGGCACACGCAGAGGGUACCUCGGUGGUUUUCACUCGCCGUCUUCCCAUUGUCACACGCACACACACGCGCUCUCUAUCUGCACCACACACGACACCACACACACACACACUCUCUUGUCGCGCAGUGUACAGCAACGCACGCGCGUCUCCUCCAACGGAGCUGCAUUCGUCCCAAAAACAAAACUUUGACGUUGACAUCUUGAAGAAGCCACCAAGGUGCUGCCAUGCCAGACGCGUUGAGCAGUCCGCGCAGGUGAUCAUUUGCCGACAGCAGCUCCCGUUGUCUACAAUGCGGCCGUCUGGGUGACUGCCGCUGCCACAGCCCCCAACACACCCUGCAGCGCCCCCCCUCCCGCGCCAGCCGGCCCACCGCUCCGGGCACGAUGCCGCCAUCCCGGCCGCCCCACCUGGGCCACUACCGGCCGCCCCUGCCGCCACCGCCGUCGCUCGCGCAUGCAGCGGCCUCCCUGCUGGCGAGGCUCGCCGUGUGCCUGGUGGCCCUGGCAGCGCUGGGCAGGGCCGGGCCGCAGGACUCGGAGCAAUGCGCUCGCAAGGAGCACCCUCGCUCCAGCCUUGCAGACGUCUCCCCGUGGCUCCAUAACUUCACCUUCUCGGGAGCGGUCAAUUUCUCACAGAUCGCCUUUGAUCCCAGCCGGGGUCAGCUGAUCGUUGGAGCCAGGAACUACCUGUUCCGGCUCAGCAUGUCUAAUCUCAGCCUCAUCCAGGCUACUGAGUGGAGCUGCACAGAGACCACCAAAGGUUCAUGCUUCAGCAAGGGCAAGUCAGAGGAGGAGUGCCACAACUACGUGCGGGUGCUGCUGGUGAGGGCAAGCAGGCUCUUCAGCUGCGGCACCAACGCCUUCUCGCCCAUCUGCACCGAACGCACGCUGGGCAACAUGAACCGCGUGCUGGACACGAUCAACGGCGUGGCUCGCUGUCCGUACGACCCGCGGCAGAGCAGCGCCACGCUGCUCACGGCGCGCGGGGAGCUCUACGCCGCCACCGCCGUCGAUUUUGCCGGCCGCGACCCGGCGCUCUACCGGAGCCUCGGCGGGCAGCCCACCCUGCGCACCGCGCAGUACAACUCUCGCUGGCUCAACGAGCCGAACUUCGUGCUGGCGUGGGAGGCGGGUGGCUUCGUGUACGCGGCGUUCCGCGAGCUCGCCGUCGAGCAGGAGUGCGGGCGGCGCGUCGUGUCGCGCGUCGCCCGCGUCUGCGCCAACGACCUGGGCGGCCGCUUCCUGCUGGAGGACACGUGGACGACCUACAUGAAGGCCCGUCUCGACUGCUCGGGGUCGUCGUCUGGAACGGCCUCUUCUGGAGCCGGGGGAGCCGGAGCCGCCGCCGGAUCCGGAAGUUCGGGUUCGAGGAGAGGCAAUGCGGCGCCCGAGUACCCGGAGCUGCGGAGCGCCGUCUACCUGCCCGAGGCCGGGCUUCUCUAUGGGCUAUUUUCCACCAGCGGGAGUGGUCCGCAGGCAUCGGCGGUGUGCGCGUACAACAUCAGCAGCAUCGCGGAGGCCUUCAACGGACCCUUCAAGUACCAGGAGGGCCCACGUGCAGCGUGGAUGGUCCAUCCCAACCCCAACCCCAACUUUCAGUGUGGCCGAGUGUCCGAGGGCCCCAACGUGAACCUGACAGAGCGUAGCCUGGCCGACGCUCAGCGUCUGCUGCUCAUGUCGGAGGCCGUCGCUCCGCUCGGGGGGCGUCCCGUCGUCGCCCAGCCUGGGGUGCGCCUCUCCCACGUGGCCGCUCACAGCAUGGCGGCAGCGGCGGCCUCCUCGUCCGGCCGAACGGCCGUCCAACACAUCCUCUACCUGGCCACAGAGCGUGGCACGGUUCAGAAGGUGGCAGCCGCCACUGGAUGCGUCAUCGACGAGAUGGAGCUCCUCCCAGCCGUCCAGCAGCAGCCAAUCAGAGCGCUGCGCGUGGACCCAGGGGGCGAGGCUCUGUUUGUGGGCGUGGACGGCGGCGUUCUGCGCCUGCCACUCGAGAGAUGCUCCACGCACGGCACAGAGAGCGCGUGUCUGCGGGCACGAGACCCCUACUGUGGCUGGGAUGGGAUACUGAGAAGCUGCAUUCGAUUCCGAGAAAACUGGGAUGGCAGAAGAUCGUGGAGACAGGAUGUCACCUCCUGCCCGGUGCGCAACCUGACCGUGGACGGCGGGCCGGGACCCUGGUCGGCGUGGGAGCCGUGCCAGCACUGGGACGGCGACGUGGGGGGGGGCUCCGCGGGGGGGGGCUCCGCGGGGGGGGGCUCGUCCUGCCAGUGCCGCCGCCGGGCGUGCGACUCCCCGGUCCCCGGCUGUGGGGGGCGGCCCUGCCCGGGGCCCAACGUGCAGGUGGCCAACUGCUCCAGGAAUGGCGGCUGGACGCCGUGGUCCACGUGGUCAGGCUGCAGCGCGUCAUGCGGCAUGGGCUUCCAGGCGAGGCAGCGCUCGUGCAGCAACCCCAGCCCGCGGCACGGGGGCCGCGUGUGCGUGGGGCAGAGCCGGGAGGAGAGAACACACAAGCAGACAAAACGGCAGUACUACUGGUUCUGCAACGAACGCGCCCGCUGCCCCGUGCCCGCGUCGUGGGCGCCGUGGGGCCCCUGGGAGCCGUGCAGCGCGCCCUGCGGGGGCGGCACGCGCACGCGGAGGCGCACGUGCACCGCCGACGACGCCGGAGACACCGCCUGCACCGGCUGCGACGCGGAGCACGAGGCGUGCAGCCUGGACCCGUGCCCCGAGACGCGGCGCAGCACGCCGUGGACCCCCUGGGUGCCCGUGGCGUCAGGCGGCAGCGGCGGCGGCGGCAAUGUGUCGGCUCGAGGGCGGCACGAGCAGCGCUUCCGCUACACGUGCCGCGCUCGCCUCGCCGAGCCCGGCGGGCUGGACGCGAGCCGGCGCAAAGUGGAGAUGCGCUUCUGUGCCGCCGCCACCGCCGGCACCGCCGGUGGUGCUGACGAGUGCUCCAUAGAGGGCGACGUGGGGCUCCGUGCCGGGGGGGCGGCAGCCGCCAGCACCGCGUGGUCUCCCUGGGCCGCCUGGUCCCAGUGCUCGCACCGAUGCGGCCGCGGCUUCCGCAGCCGCAGGCGUCUGUGCGGCGCCGGAGCGGCAAUGAUGACGGGACAGCAGCAGCAGCAGCAGUCGCAGCAGCAGCAGUCGCAGCAGCAGCAGCAGCAGUGCCCCGGAACCCCGACAGAGUUCCAGGAAUGCAACCUGCAGGCCUGCCCAGUGGACGGCGGCUGGUCGUGCUGGAUCAGUUGGUCUGCGUGCUCGGCCACGUGUGGAGGGGGCCACCGGCAGCGCAGCCGCGCCUGCACGCACCCCCCGCCGGCACACGGAGGGGACAUCUGCCUGGGCUUGCACACGGAGGAGGCCCUGUGCAACACGCAGAGCUGCCCAGACGGCUGGUCGGAGUGGAGCACGUGGAGUGAGUGCGGCGUCUCGGGAGGACGGCGUUUCCGCUCGCGCCUUUGCACCGCGCCCUUUCCCGACGUCCGCCGAUGUCCGGGCAACAGCACGGAGGAAAGGGGCUGCCCCCUUCACCCCAAUGCCAUCGAAAUACCAGUAAAUGUGGCGUACUCGACAAAGGAAGACAAAAGGAAAUGUGGAGAGUUCUCGCUGGCGCACGUGGUGGCGGCCGGCCUCACCUGCGGGCUGCUGGGCUGCCUGCUCGCGCUGCUGCUCGUGAGCUGGCGCCGCCGCUGCUGCUACUGCUGCGGCGGCGACGCUGCAGCCAGGGGCGGCGGAGCAUCGCGCGGGGCCACGCUGGCCCUGGCUCGCCUGCCACGCGGCCCUCCGCCGUCGACGGGCCUCCUCGCCGGGCCGCUCCGCGCCCCCGGCGGGCAGGGCCCCGCGCCGCUGAACCCCGGGCUCAGCCCCGCGCUCAGCGGGCUCAACACGAGCAAGCUGGACAAGUACGACUCGCUCGAGGCCAUCAAGGUUCUCAACAAAAAUUACCUGAUGAACGAAGAAAACGCCAAGUGCAUCAACUCGCACAUCCACACCACGAAGACCUUCGCCAACACUCUCUACUCCGACCUCAAGAAAUACGACGACUACUGAAGAGAACCAUUAAAGGUGCAGCCGCUCGUUCAACUCCUCCUCCUCCUCGUCAAGUUAUCUCGUGCAAUCGAUUUGCGCAUAAGCAGCAGCUCACUUCGAGGCUGCAAGCUAAGGAGAAUGUGGAAUUUACGAAACUCAAGGUCGGAG